AUGUCUCGUUUCGUUCGCCCAUCAAAGUAUAGACAUGUCUUUGGCACGUCAGCAAAACACGAUCUUUGCUUCGACAAUGUAAAGGUGUCAGGUAAUGCGUGGGACACCAAUCUCGUAAAAGUUAACCCUAAAUUUGUUGCGGUCAACUGGAACUCGAGUGGUGGAGGAGCAUUUGCCGUAAUUCCUCAUAAAAAUGCUGGAAAAAUUGUCGAUGGUAUACCACUAUAUCGCGGCCACACUGCAGCAGUCCUCGACACGGACUUUGCUAAUUUCAAUGACAAUGUGAUUGCGUCCGGUGCGGAGGACUCAAAAGUCAUGAUAUGGAACAUUCCCGAUGAAUUGGGCGAACCAGAAUCGCCUGAUAUUAUACCUGCUGCCACAUUGAGUGGACAUAGCAAAAAAGUCGGUCACGUUCUCUUCCACCCAGUAGCUGACAAUAUUUUGGCGUCGUCAAGCGCUGAUCUUUCAAUAUACGUAUGGGACCUUACGAAUAGCUCUCAUGCACUCACACUCAGAGGCUUCACAGAUCUCAUUCAUUCUCUUUCCUAUUCAUAUAAUGGUAACCUUCUCGCGACAACUUCUCGCGACAAAAAACUUCGCAUAUUCGACGUUCGAUCCACAGAAACUGUUCAGCAAGCAGAUAGCCAUCAAGGAGUCAAGGGCUCGCGAGUAGUGUGGUUGGGAGAUGCAGACAGGCUUGUAACAACAGGCUUUAGUAAAAUGAGUGAUAGACAGGUGUACGUGUGGGAUACGAGAGCUUUGAACAAGCCGAUAAAAACUGUGCAUCUGGAUACUUCAAGCGGAGUGGUCAUGCCUUUUUAUGAUAACGAUACGAAGAUGCUGUUCUUGGCUGGGAAGGUUGUGUUCUGGAUGAGAUUGGGUUUUUCCCAAUAUUUACCCUAUCCUACCCUGUCGUUUCAUUCCAAUCCAUUUUCCAGUGAUGGCACAAUCCGCUACUAUGAAUUCGAGAACGAUGAGCUCUACUUCCUGUCGACGUAUCAAUCUCCCGAACCUCAACGUGGGUUAGCCUUUAUGCCUAAACGCGCAUUAAAUAUCAACGAGUGCGAAAUUGCUAGGGCGUACAAGGUUAUGAGUCAUAUGAUCGAGCCGAUUUCGUUCGUUGUGCCAAGAAAGUCUGAUGCUUUCCAAUCCGACAUAUUCCCGGAAACUCCGAGUGAUGAGCCAUCCUUGACCGCAGAGGAGUUCUUUUCUGGUAAAAGCGCGAACCCGAAACUUGUCAAUCUUGAGAAUGGAUUUACGCCGAAACCGAAGAAAGAGUUUGUUUCGUCUGCUCCGCCAGAAGAGAAGAAGGAAGAACCCCCAGUAUUGAAGACGGAGGAGCUCCAAGAAGCCUAUAACAACUUGCUACAAAAGAAUACAGAGUUACAAAAACUACUUGGCGAACGAGAUGAGAAGAUUGCUUCAUUGACUGCUGAACUGGAACGUUUGAAGAGUGAUUAA